UUCAAAGUUUCCCGCCGUCUCGACGUUAAUCAAUCGCGAUGCGAGAUCGGCAUCGUCGACUGUCAAGGGGUCAGUUGCUGCAGCAGUACGUGUAUCAUCAAGCGAGAGGUGCAUCGACUUCGAAGCCUAUAUAUUGAGGCUGGCGAGUCUUCUCGUGUGAGUUCAAAAUAACGGAGGUCCGUGUAACGAACACCUGUUUCCUGCCUUGCGCGCGAUGUCGUCGACCGCCCGCGUCGUUCCUGGAAUAUCGAGGAUCGCGCAUCGCGGUUAGAGCGACCUGGUGUUAUCCUUACGGUCCAUCAAUCUUGGUCAAUCUCUUUCGCGUAUUCCCGUGUGCAAGUCUCCACGGUCGAAUGUGACUGUAAUAUAGGCACAGACGACCAAACCACGGACGCACCUCCGCUGGUGCGAUACGUCAACGUAAGAUGGAUCCAAGGGGCCCUCCUGAGGGGGCCCCUGCCGAGUCCUUCGAGAUAUCUAGCAUCGACAGGGGGGCUGACAUCUCAGUGAAUUGGCCUACAGAUCAUCCCUUUACCUCGUCGCUGUGCGAACAGCCGAAGAAACUGAACAACAGGCUCCUAUUCCUGACUGUGGAAUAUGUGGAAGAUCAAUCUCGGCUGUUUCCUACAUAUGAGCAGAUCUCCUUUUCUCCGAGGGCGGCUUCUCCCCUAUCAGAGUUUGAGCAUCGAGUCAGUCCACUGGAUCCAAAUAUGAGCUCUACUGCUAGAUAUUCUCCCACACCAGUCCAACUACCUUCUUCUCCCUUCCAUAAUUCUGUUGUUGUGCUGCAAGGUCCAACCUCACCCUUAAUGUCUCAGCCUGAACCAAAUAUACGAACCAGCAUCAAUUAUGUGACUCAGCUGACUAAUCCGAUUGACACUCAGACUGUACCUCAAACGGAUGGUACCACAGACUUUGUUGGCAAUGGGAAUGAAGAUGGACUCGUGUCCAGCGUCAGCAGUGAAUUAAUUUUAAUGCAGGAAACUGCACCCGAAUUGGAAUCUUCGACAACUCCCUUGAUGUUAACAGGAAUACCAGGCACAGACUUUGCUCUAACUAGAGACUUCCUGGUGAUGCAGGAUGAUCAAAUAAAUGUUAUCAACACGUUUAAAAAUCAGAACCUGGAGAUAGAGGACAACCCUAUCGCUUUACCUAUUACUGAAGAUGCAAAGAAAGAAAACAACAAUCUUGCUUUGUCAGAGUGUGAUAAAGAAAUUGAACAAAUUACCGAAGACCCUUUGUCCAUUGAGAAGAAAAAAAUAGUUGAGAAGAAAGACGUAAGGAGAUCUAAACGACAUAUAACAGAUAAAAAAAAUUUCUGGGGAGAUGACGAGUAUGACAGUAAUUGUGCCAAAGAUGAUAGCUCUAAUUUGACCGAUGUAUGCACUAUCGCAGAUCAACCUGUACCAUCGCGUGCUGUAGCAACACUGCCAGGAUCAUAUCUUUUGUUAAACAAGCUGUCUACAUCGCAUGGUUCAGCAAAUAACGUAACCUACGGAAUUUUUGCAAAACGUAAUAUUCGAAGACGCACGCAAUUUGGGCCCAUAGAAGGUGUAUUGUGCACUUAUGAUGGCUCGUCCUUCGGAAAUGCUUUGCCACUGCUCUACGAGACUCAGGAUGGAGAAUUCUUGAAAGUAGAUGUUUCCAACGAAAAUACUUCAAAUUGGAUGCGUUUUGUGCGACCUGCACUGACAUAUAAAGAACAAAAUCUAAUAAUUUGUCAACAGAAAGAUGGAAUAGUAUUUUUGACUAAUAGAAACAUCUCACCAAAAGAAGAACUGAAAGCAGGUCCUAGUCCAGACUAUGCAAGUCGCAGAAAUUUACCAAUUCUCAAACCAGACAUAAAAGAUGAAAAAGCAGAAGUGGCAAAUCAAACAUCCACAUGGCCACGUUUGGAUAAUAAUUCUUACAAUCGACGUAUAAAGAUGUUUCGCGACAGGAACAUGAAAGAAAAGGAAAACUCGCGGCAGAACAAGUGUGACAAGGAGUGGAAAUGUUCCGUGUGUAAAUUGAUUUUCAGGACUGCAUGCCUGCUUAACUUGCAUAUGGCUAUUCAUUCUUCUAACAAUAUCAAAAUUGAGAAUCAAAUGUCCACAUGCCCACAAUGUGGACAAGAAUUCCAGAAACAAAGCGAAUUGGUGAAUCAUGUGUCUCAGCACGGACGAACGGCAUUACCUAAGGCAAAGCGAUUAACUCCUCUAGGUUCAUACAAGUGUUCAAUGUGUUAUAAACGUUUUGCUACAAAGAUACGAUUACAACAGCACUGUUUGGCGCAUGGUGCUGAGGACCAAAAACCACUGCCAUGCAGUAUUUGCUUGAAACGAUUUAUGAACAACUCCGCAUUGUCCGGUCAUUUGAAAACGCAUAAAGAAAACAAACAAGUCUUUGAGUGCCCAAUGUGCAGACAGUUAUUUCGCCAAGGUACGAUGCUAAAGGAUCACGUUGAGACACAUAGAAAUCAAGAUGGUAUAUUCAGUUGCCCUCACUGCCAGCGAACGUUCAUCAAGUAUUCUGUCAUUCGCAAACACAUUCGGGCACAUCAUUGCGAAAGGAAGCACAAGUGUCAGCAUUGUGCGAAACGUUUUCCGACAGUCGACAAAUUGCGAAUGCAUCUGUUAAAACAUUCCGAUCACAGAGAAUUUCAUUGUGCGAACUGCGGUAAACGAUUCAAAAGGAAGGAUAAAUUGAAAGAGCACAUGACUAAAAUACAUCAUUCUCAAACGGUUAAUGGAGAACAAAUGACACAAAAUAACCAGGCGAAAAAAUUUGUGCCAAAGAUAAAUCCGAGCGAUUACAAUCGCUUCAUUUACAAAUGUCAUCAAUGCCUGGUCGGUUUCAAACGAAGAGGAAUGCUGGUGAAUCACUUAGCGAAGCGGCAUCCCGAUGUCGCUCCCGAAUCUGUGCCAGAAUUGAACUUGCCUAUCUUGCGACAAACCAGAGAUUACUAUUGCCAGUAUUGCGAUAAGGUUUAUAAAAGUAGCAGCAAGCGUAAAGCACAUAUCAUGAAGAACCAUCCUGGCGCGGCUUUGCCGCCUAGUAACCGACAAGAGGAAUCCGAAUUCUCAGGACUGCCGAAUCCAAGCUUCAGCCAAACAGUAGGCAGUAUCACGACUAGUCCUCAAAGUUGUCAAUGGUGUCAUAAACAAUAUGCCAGCAAGGCAAAGCUGUUACAACAUCAACGCAAGAAACACGCGCAUCUGAUGGAGCCGGCGGAUCAAGUACCUCGAUCGCGAAACCGGCCGCCACAAAAUCAAAAUCAACCACCCACGCUGAACGAUAACAACUUUGUGAUAUCCGAUUAUAUACAAGGAUGUGAUGGAGAUUUCCUGAAACAGAAAAUAAUCAAACUAACGAACGACGUUGAUCUGAUAGGCAAUGGUGGUCUGGAAAUGAUCGGUCAACAGUUUGUACGUAUGCGCGACAUACGUUGAGGAAAAACGCGGCAUCCUCAUAGAGGGGAUGAGCGUCGCCAAUUUAUCGAGAUAUGAAUCUCGCGACCUUUGUACGCAGUCGAGAUAGGCUGCGUUUUUUUGCUGCCGUUACCAAAAUCGAGGCGACGUCGCCUGGACGAAGCGACGAAGCGUAUCGCCCGAGAAUAUUUGGGAAUAUACACGGCUUUGUCAGCGUCGGUGCGAAACACUCGGCGCUGUUUUGUUGAUUGUACACGUUGAUUGAUCGACAAUGACGACGGCUACUGAUGAUAACUAGUGGCUUUGGCGGAUUUGUUGGAAACGAAGCACGCAGUUUUAAGAAACUUUGCCCGAGCCUCGGAAAAAAAAGAGAAACGAGUAAAAACGUUGACUGAAAACCAACGAGGCUCAAAUCUACUUGCGACGGAGAACAUUGUAGUCUCGUACAAUUGUUGAAAGCUUUUCUCAAAGUAUUAAGAGUACCGUAAAGAGAAAAAGAAAAAAAAAGGUAGAACAAGUCCUGAUACUAUCGGCACGCCACUUGCGCUAGGCCUGGUAGUUUUACUUUAAAAAUCCGAUGUCAUUCGAGUAUGAAGUAGAUGGACGAAAUUUAAAUAACGAGUUUAAAGAGAUGUUAAAAAGGUCGGUUUAAAUCUGGCAACGGAUGGGUCCGCUGCGUCUUAAAUCAGCGUGGCUUCUUCCGUACGACGGUGAUUGGACGAGUAAUGUUAAAGAUUUAUUAUUCGCAACGUAUUUGGCUUCACUUAAUGGCGAGCGAUUGUCUGUAGAUUACGUGAAAGCUUGCGAUCUCUGUAAGGAAUCGUCCAUUUCACUUUUUGCUCUUUCUCUCUUUCUCUAUCGUAAUUCCAAGAUCGUAAUUCUCGUAAACGCUUGCGUCCACGUUCUCAUUUUAGAAUAAUAUACAAGUAACAUGCGUUCUUAGAUCUUCAACGGAACAUACUGUUUUCACGUAAUCGUUUCGUAAUCGCUGGUCUCAUCCACGUAUGAAUCUAGUCGUCACAGCCGAGAGCU